AUGUUACUCUAUAUUCAACAGUUAACAGAUGCACAGAGGAGGGGCAGGAUCACCACUUGGCAUGCUUCUGAUACACGGUGUAGUCGCAGGGUUGUUCGGGUGCAUGGUUUCCCUUGCACUGCCCCUGGGGGAUCAGUCUGCUCUUGUGGAAGAGUGGUCUCUCCCGGACGUGCUGAACACGAAGAGUCUCCCCCCGGUUGGCUGAUGCAGGACAAAGUACAAUGGAGGGAGGGCCGUUGGGUGCUGACGCAGAGGAGUGGAUCUGCAGGGUCCGUAUGGUCCCCACAACUACCGCUGUCCGCACUCGGGGAGCACUCAGGAGCGUUCACCACGGAAUGGACCAUCAGGGACACUGGAGGCAGUGAAGAGUCCUUCUCGGGGGCAAUGGCACUAUGGGUCGUCAAAGAUACGGGUGCCGACAUGUCCCACAACGAUAAGAAGCUUUACAAUGGGCCUGCCAAGUUUGAAGGGUUGCAGUUAGUGUUGGACAGUUCUGGUCCCUACGGUGACUCCCUGCGUGCACAGUUGAACGACGGUUCCGAGGAACUUACAAGUGAGUCCGUCUCCGAGCGACAGUUUGCCUCGUGUCUUCUGCAGUACCAGGGAGCGUCUGUUCCCUCCACGGUGAGGCUCAGUUAUAAUCCUGCAGAUGGGCACCUGCUGAAAGUACAAGUGGACAACAGAGUGUGCUUCCAGACGCGCAAAGUAAAGCUAUGGGACGCCACAUCUCAGGGACAAUUGCGCCUAGGGGUCACCGCGGUGACCCCCAAGGACACCACUACAGGCGAGUCCCUUGAGCUUUUGAAGUGGCAGACUUUCCGUGGGAUGAUUGCACAGUCGUACAUCCCGAACGCCAAAGCGAUGGGACAACCUGCUGUCGUGCGGAAGACGAUCAACUCGCAGACGGGCGAGGAGUCCGUGCGUCUGCGCGAUAUCCUCGAGACCAGGCACGGCGAAGUGAACAACUACGAACUGUUCAAGAAACUGGACCGCCUCGAGGGCAAGAUCCUUGCGAACGACCUGCUCCAGCUGGACUCCCGGCUGGACGAGAUCGCAAGAGUCCAGGCAGCGGUCAGCGCGUACGUUGCUCACCUGCGGGACGUACUCGAGACCCGCCACGCGGGUGCCACACCUCCGACGGCAGACUUCUCGCAGUUCACUAAAGUCAACGAGAAACUGCUGCAGUUGCUCGAAGAGCAGGACAAGAUCCGCACGCUCGCGAAGCAGCACGAGGGCGGGGCCGUGACGAACGUGCACACUACCCUCGCAGCCUGGCUUGUCCCCUUCGCCGCGAUCAUGCUGGGACUCGCGUACUACACGUUCACGAUCCGCCAGGAGAUCGCCAAAGGCAAGAUGCUGUGA